UUGUAAGCUGUCGACCCAGAAACAUGUCUGACAAAGUAGCUGUGGUUACCGGCUCAAACAAGGGCAUAGGAUUUGCCACUGUACGAGAGUUGUGUCAAAGAGGAGUUGGAACUGUGUACUUAACAGCAAGAGAUGUAACAAGAGGUAAGGAAGCUGUAGAAAAACUUAGAAAAGAAGGUCUGAAUCCACUGUUUCAUCAACUAGACGUGACUGAUAGAAAUAGCGUUAAAGUUUUCGCUAAUCACCUGAAAGAAAAGCAUGGAGGAUUAGAUAUUUUAAUCAACAACGCUGGAAUUCUCGUUAAAGAUUUAUAUAAAACAACUUACGAAGACGCUAACCACGUGAUUGACGUAAAUUAUAGAAGUUUAUUUAUAAUUCAAGAAUUCCUAUUUCCUAUUCUAAAAGAUAACGCUAGAGUGGUGAAUGUUUCAAGCGAUUGCGGUUUUAUUUCUCACAUUAAAAAUCCUUAUUGGGUCCAACGCCUCACCAAGAAGGAUAUCAAAGCAGCAGACGUGAACGCUUUCGUUGAUUGGUUCCUGGAUUCAGUUAAAAAUGGGACUGUGAAGAAAGAAGAUUUCGAAGAAAUGGAAAUGCUUGCUUACAGAAUUUCAAAAGUAGCUGUCACUGCGUUGACAAGAGCGCAACAAAAUGAAAUUAACCGAGGAAUCUCCAUCAAUUCACUAAACCCUGGGUACGUUCAAACAGAAAUGAAUAAAAACGUUGGAUAUAUACCUUUGGAAGAAUCAGGAAAGGCUCCUGUUUAUUUAGCUCUUGAUGUUGACCAAUCAGUAAAAGGAAAAUACUUCUGGUACGAUAAAACUGAGAAGGACUGGGAAAAUCCAAGUUUGCAGUUGCACAGCAGAUUUGACGAAUACGAACAAACAUUGAGGGAGGCUGGAGUUUUGUCAUUAUUUGGUUGAGAAGAUCUAUAUACAACAAUUUUAUUAAAGUAAACAAUAUGCAACUUAUAUUAAACA